AUGCACGGGACGCAUAAGUCGCAUGGGAAGCGUGUGCGGGAAAGGCAGAAGGAUGGCAUUUAUAGGCUUGGAACGUACGGCCUAAAUAUUCGAAAUGCAGGAGCGGCAGUGGCAGCAAGAGAGGCGGGAGAAGCAAGAGUAACAGCACCAGCACGUGGGGAGGAAGAGAGGGUGUCAGGGGCAUCAGGUGAAGCAGAAGAGGCUGCAGCAGCAACUGUAGCAGCAGCGGAGCUUGAGAGGUGUGCAGUGAGGGCUGGGAUGGACCGACUGGUGCUGGACGUGCCUGGGGGGCGGGAAGGUGCCGCUGCAACACUGGGCUCAAAAGGCAAGGCAUCAGCAGCAGCAGCAGCAGCAGCAGCAGCGGAGCUUGAGAGGUGUGCAGCGAGGGCUGGGAUGGACCAGUUAGUAUUGGACUGGGUGUUUGGGCCGGGGGAGAGCACUGGCAGGUGGGUGGCUGACGUGGGGGAGGGCUCUGACGGUUGGGAAGUGCGGCCAGGGGAACACGUGGGCAGGUGGGCGUCUGGCCUGCAGGAGAGCACUGGUGGUUGGGUGGUUGAGCCGAGAGACAGUGGCAAGCGGAUGGCUGGAGGAUGUGGAGAGGAGUUUCUGGAGGGUAGCCCGAGUUUUGAGACGUGUGGGAACGAGUUUCAGGAGGGGAGUCAGAGUUUUGAGACGCCUGAGAAAGAGUUUGUGGAGGGAACGCAGAGUGGCCGUAGGGAGGGUGAGAAUAGGUCUCUCUAUGGUGCUUCACAUGAAGAGCUUGAUGUGAUUCAGAGGGUGCGGGGAGAUCGGCGCUUGUCUGCCGCCCUCCCCAGCAUCCUAGAGGAAGGUUCUGAGAUGACUGGGGAGGCACAGGGAGAGUUUGGGCCAGCUGGGAGCGUUGAUGCUCCGUGUAUCUAUGAAUCAGGGCCGUGGGGAGUGUCCGCAAAUUGGUUUCAAGGGGGGAGACGUGUGGAGAAUUCGGGCUUUGGUAUGCCGGAUCUUACUGAUAUCGAGUCGUCCACUAACGAGUGGGCAGUGGGAGAGGGUGGUAUGGCGCAAGGGGGUGCAGUGGUAGGUACAAGAGUGGUAGCAGAAGGGGUUUCUGUUUCACUGGUCGGUUUUUUGGCGUCAUUUGAAGCGGAGAUGAGUUCUGGCAGGACUGGUGGUGUGGGGGAGGUGAUAGGGGAGGGAGAGAGGGAGGGAGGAGAGGAGGGCGGAAGGAAGUGGAGUGAAGGGGGGCUGGAUGGGAGGGAGGAUGAGGGAGGAGAAUGGAGGGAAGGAGGUGCAGAGGGGGAGGUGGGAGAAAAUGCUGUUGAAGGAGAAGGGAAGGUAGAAGAGGAGAGGAGGUCUGGGAAGGAGGUGAGGGUUGAGGAAAGGAGGGGUGAGGGAGGGAGGGGUGAAGAGGGGAGAGUGGAGAAGGAGAGAGGGGGAGGAGAAGGUGGAGAGAGGGAAAGGGAGGGGUCCGAUUAUGAGGUAUUCGAGGAGGCUGUUAGCGAAGCAGGGAGGGGGGGCGAAGGAGCGCUGGAGAGCGUCGGAAGCGGGUGGAACGUGGAGGAGGAUGUGAGGGAGAGUGUGGGGGAGAGCAGCAGGGAGGGAAGGAUGGGUCUGAUCAAAGGGGGGAGGUACAGCAGUGGUGCUGGCAGCAGCAGAGGGUGCAGUAGCAGCGAGAGUGACAGAGGGCGCAGCAGCAGAGAGGGUAGCAGCAGCAGCAGCAGCAGCAGCAGUGGGAGUAGCAUUGUGAGAAGCAGCGGAAGGGAGGGCAGUGCGAGGGGUUCUGGUGAGAGGAGUGGGGAUGGGAGCAUCAGAGAAGGUUCGCUGGACGUGGAUGCGCGUUGGGGGGAGUCCGAGAGUGGAAAAUCUUCGAACGCUUAUUCUGCUGAGCAUGAGGACUCAGAUCUUACUGUCUUGACGCUUGGCCGAGGUGGGGGACAGGGAGGGGGAGGGAGACAGGGGAAAGGAACAAUACACGGUAAUUCACAGGAAGAUCUGGGGAGAGAGAAGGGAGAUCAGGAGACAGCGAGGAGGACCGGGAUAGGGGAGCAGGGGGAGGAAGAAGGAGAGGAGGCGGAGAUGGGAAGAGAGGAGGGGGCAAGGGGAAGUGAGGAAGGGGCGUCAGAUUGCCUGAGACUGGGUGUGGCUAUGAGUGGAUGCUCUAAGGAGUCUCAACGCACGAUUGACUUGAUGGGGUCAUCUUGCAUCCACGGCAGUGAGGAUAUGGAGGAUAUGGCCAUGCCACGUGGCACAGCAUCAGCCUCUCCACGUGGCAGAUCACAGGCCUGGGCUCACGCCACGUGUCAUCAUGCUCAUGCAGGCAGCCCGUCAUCAAGCAGCGACCUCCGGGAGCUGGUGGCUCGGCAGCAGGGGCAGAUAGAUGAGCUGAGGCGGCUGCUGGGGCAGCAGAUGGAGGCGUGCCAUGCACUGGCUGCUGCUCUGAGGCUGCAGCAGCAGGAGCGUCAGCAUUUGGGGAGGCAGGGGGGCCAAGCGUUUGGAGGGUUGAAAGAGACUCAGGAGGCAGAACUAGAGGAAACAAAGCUUGGGGAAUGCAAGUCCGAGGAAUCAGAUGGGGCAGAAGGGGAAGAAGGGGCUGAGGAGGCGGGUGGUGAGAGAGAGAAGGAAGUAAGGGAUAGUGGAGGAGGCGAGUGUGAGGGGGCAAGGGGAUGGAGGGACCUGGAUUGGGACGAUGAGUUGAUGCAGCAAUCGGGGGAGCUGCGAGGAGAUAUCACGAGUCUCAAGGAUCAGCUUGCUCAAAGGGCCAGCCGCAUUGCAACACUCAAGCACUCUCUCCUUCACACCAUGGCGCAGCUCAAAGGCAGGCGGCUGCCCCAGCGACAGCAUGGCAGUCAGGACCAAGCAACGGACACUCAUAGCACUGGAGGCUGCAUCGCCAACAUGGCUUUCAGGGUGACUGUGGCAGAGAGUGCAGCAGAGAGUGAGAGUGGGAGCAUGAGUGUAGCGGGAUUCAAGGCGCGGGGGGGUCGACGCGGCGUGGGGACGGCAACGCGCAUUCCGCGGCACUACGCCGCAGAUUGGGGAAGCCAUAAGAUGCAAGGUCAUGAGAAAGCAAGGCGCCAACGCGCUGCGGCAAGGGUGGCUGCGUGUCUGUGCCGCGCCGACAGUGCGCCGCGCCGCACUCACACUCACCUGCGCACUCACACUCACCCUCGUACCAACACACUCACCUGCGCACUCACACCCACACCCGCACUCACACCCACCCGUGCAUUCACACUCACCCUGCGCACUCACACUCACCCUCGCACUCACACUCACCCGCGCGCUCACACUCACCAGCCACUCACACUCACCCACGCACUCACACUCACCCGCACACUCACACUCACCGGCGCACUCACUCACCCGCGCACUCACACUCACCUGCACACUCACACUUACACUCACCUGCGCACUCACACUCUCCCCUGCACCCACACUCACCCGCGCACUCACACUCACCUGCGCACUCACACUCAACCCCGCACCCACACCCAACCGCGCACUCUCACUCACCUGCGCACUCACACUUACCCCCCCACCCACACUCACUCGUGCACUCACACUCUCCCACGCACUCACACUCACCCCCGCACCCACACUCACCGACGCUCUCGCACUCACCCCCGCACCCACACUCACCCGUGCACCCACACUCACCCGCGCACUCACUCAUCCCCGCACCCACACUCAUCCACGCACUCACAUUCACCCGCCACUCACACUCGUCCGUGCACUCACACUUCCCCCCACACUCACACUCGCCCGCACACUCACACUUACCUUCGCAACCACAUUCAUCCCCACACCCACACUCACCCGCACAUUCACACUCACCUGCGCACUCACACUCACCCCUGUACUCACACCCACCCCCGCACUCACACUCACCCGUGCACUCACACUCACCUGCGCAUUCACACUCAUACCCCACUCACACUCCCUUGCGUGCUCACACUCACCCGCGCACUCAUACUCACCCGCGCACCCACACCCAUCCCCGCACUCACACUCAUCACCGCACUCACACUCACCCCCCCACCCACGCUCACCCGCGCACCCACACUCACCUGCGCACUCACACUCACCCCCGCACCCACACUCACCCGCGCACUCAAACUCACCCCCGCACUCGCACUCACCCGCGCACCCACACUCACCCGCGCACCCACACUCACCCGAGCACUCACACUCACCCGCCACUCACACUCAUCCGCCACUCACACUCACCCGCCACUCACACUUACCCGCACGCCGACACUCACUUGCGCACUCACAGUCACUCGCGCACUCACCGUCACUCGCGCACUCACACUCACCUCCGCACUCACACUCAUUUGCGCACUCACACGCACCCCCGCACCCACCCUCACCCGCACAAUCACACUCAUCCCCUCACUUACACUCACCCCCCCACCCACACUGACCCGUGCACCCACACUCACCUACGCACUCACACUCACCCCCGCACCCACACUCACCCGCGCACUCACACUCACCUGCGCACUCACACUCACCCGAGCAGUCACACUCACCUCCGCACUCACACUCACCUCCGCACUCACACUCACCUCCGCACUCACACUCACCUCCGCACUCACACUCACUCCCGCACUCACACACACUCACCCCUCCACUCACUCUCUCCCGCGCACUCACCCGUCGUGA